UUCACCUUCUUUUUCAUUUUACACAUUACAUAUAUAAAUACCCUUUUGCUUAUCCUCUUUCCAUCUCCCUCUCCGGCCGACUCUUUCUCCGCAUACUCUCGCACACUUGAGGAAUCGCUUCUCUUCCAAAAUCUCUUCAAUCACCUUUUCGCCCAUUCAGAUAACGAACUUCCCUCCCACUCUCUCCGACUCGAACAAAUGGCCGACCGAGUCCACCCGCGCGACUCGCCCCCACCCAGGAUCGACGACACCUCCUCCGAGACCUCGGAAACGACGCUCAAACCCGCCACGCCGGACUCCGAGAAGCCGGUCCCUCCACCCGGAACCUACGUCAUCCACAUUCCCAAGGACCAAGUCUACCGCGUCCCCCCACCCGAGAACGCUCGCCGCUACAAGGACCUCGCUAGCCGCAAAAGCCACCGCCGGCCCUGCUGCCUCUGCGUCUGCUGGAUCUUCGGCCUCCUAGCCGUUUUCCUCAUCCUCCUCGGCAUUACCGCCGGCAUCUUGUACCUCGUCUUCAAGCCCGAAUCGCCCAACUACUCCAUCGACACCAUCGCCAUCAGCGGCCUCAACCUCACGGCGGCGGCGGUGGCAACGACGUCGGUCCUUACGGUAUCCCCGGAGUUCGACGUGACCGUCAGAGCUGAUAAUCCCAACGACAAGAUCGGGAUCUACUACCGCAAAGACAGCUCCGUCGAGAUCUACUACGCGGACGUUAGGAUGUGUAAUGGCGUAUUGCCGGUGUUUUACCAGCCGUCGAACAACAUCACGGUGUUUAAGACUGCGUUAAAGGGUUCGGGGAUCGAGUUGACGAGCACGAUGAGGAACUCGCUGGUGCAGGAGCAGAACCUAGGGGCGGUGCCGUUGCAGUUGAAGUUAAGAGCGCCGGUUAAGAUCAAGGUCGGGUCCGUUAAGACGUGGACGAUAACCGUUAAGGUGGACUGUGACAUAACGGUAGACAAGUUAACGGCGGCGGCCAAGAUCGUUUCUAAGGAUUGUGACUACGGUGUGAACCUUUGGUAGAUCGAAGAAGACGUGUCUGAGAGUAUGUUAAGUUCUGUUUGGUUCUAGGAUUUGUCUAGGAUAUGGUGGUAGUGGUACACACAUUGAUCACCCUUUUUUUUAUUUUUUUCUUUUCUUCUCUUUUGUGAUUACUUUGUUCCUGUUCUUAUAGCUAAUACAAAUCACACAUGGAUUAAACAUUAAUAUACACUUUUUUUUUCA